UACGGGACAUAUGCCUCUUUUCUGCCAUCAAUUAUUCGGCCUGGAUUCAACGCGGAAGCGGACGUUCUCAGAACAAGACGGAGCUGACAAAGCUAGCUACGACAAGUAGCCGUCCAUAAACGAAGUAACUGUUUUAGCCAACGGGUUCCUCCGCAGACGAACCGACGCUGUUGCAAACCGACUCGCGUUGACAGGUUGAUGCUCAUGCAGGAGGGCAGGCUGCUGUCAUGCUGACCGGGCCGGUUGAAUUUGAGGACUCUUCCUUCCUCAGGGCUGAUGAUAUCGGUGGGACUCGCUAGUUUCGCCUGAGCACCUCUCAGCUGCUGCUUCACUAGCUGGCUGUUGUUGGACUCUCAGCUCGGGGAACGAUGCACAGUACCGGAGCGUCCCAGGACCCUUCACAGGGUACAGGGGAACGGGGGGAGCUUGUACACACAUUAUCCAAAGAGACCCCUGGGUCUCCAGAUGCCUCUGAGUUGGGGAGCCCACGGUGUCCACCAAACUUUGAUCUCCUCAACAUGGUUAUGUCCUAUAAGAGAAUGGCUCUGUUUCUAGAACCAGUCACAGAUGCAUUAGAGUUGAGCCGCUUCCUGCUCAGAUGGAAGAUGCCCCUGUGCUCUCUGCUUGCCUGUAUAUUCCUUAAUGUCGUCUUCUGCACUGUUAAUGAAGUGGGUUGGUUCUCAGUGGGUGUGGUGGCAGUGUCGGUGCCCGCCGCCUUGGGUUACCUGCAGGACAGGUGUGGGGGCAGAGCCUCAGAAGCUGAGCUCCAGAGGAAGCGCUAUCACGCUGUGCACCGCAGAGACCUGCAGACAGUGCAUCUUACCAAACAGGAGGCCAUGCUGGAAGUAAAAGACCUGUUGAAGCACCUAGAUGAAAUGCUGUCCUCUGCCUGUCAGUCAGCAGAAGCUAUUUACAAGGUCCUGUAUUGGGAUAAUCACACCAAGUCAUCAAGGUUCUAUGGAGGGAUGUUAAUAGUGGUGUGUUUGCUCUACCUCAGUCCUGUGGGCUGGGUGCUCGCUGGGCUCAACAGCGCCAUCUUUCUGUGGAACAGAGACUUCUGCAGAGUUUUGUUGGAUCUUUGGAAGUUCUUCCACAUGGGCCAGACCGAGGCCUCAGAGGGGUCGUGUGAGGAACAGGAACAAGCGAACUUGCUGGACAGGACCCCCACACCAACUAGUCUGGAGGACCUGUCUCCUGGCAGUGUGGAGGAGGCUGAGGAAGCAGAGCCUGAUGAUGAAUUUAAGGAUGCCAUUGAGGAACAUUCAGUUUCCCUGCAGGAAACUCCUUUGGUCUUAGUGGAGGAUGAUGACGGGCCUCUCGGAGCCCCGGAGUAUGACACCAUUUCUGAAAAUGGUCUCUUGAGCCGCAAUGAACCGAUACGCAGUAAGGUGUCCAAACUGACAGAGAAACUGCGUAAACGCUACCCCACCACAAGCACAGGCAACUGUUCUAGCUGCAAUGCCGUCUUCUCAGUGCUGAAGAAAAGGAGGAACUGCAGUAACUGUGGCAACAGCUUCUGUUCUCGAUGCUGUUCUUUUAAGGUGCUGAGAUCUUGCAUGGGGGCAACAGCUCCAGAGGCCCAGAGAGAGACCGUGUUUGUUUGUGCUGCCUGUAAUUCCUCUCUCGUCAAGUUACAGUGAGAUGACAUGUCGGUUUUGUCUCCCAUCGGCCCACGCGAGGUCAUUCACUCUUUUUGCUCCGAGCCCUUCACCAAGUUACUGCAGCCCUCACACAUGCCUUUUCUUGUCAUGUUAAGGCACUUAUUAUCUGUCAAGAUAGCUACUGUGUUGAACUCCAACAACCCCCACCUCCCCUCCCCUUUUCCAGUUGCAUCCCUCCUAAACUACUUGUGAUGAUUAUGGGAUUUAAACUGUAAUAUGUUACAUAUUUCCCGUUUCAACUCUCAAUGAAGAACUGGACCUUUUUGAAUCAAUGAGACUUAACACCGAGUGUAGUGGCUCAAAAAUCAAAGGACCUUGUUUUUUUUUCCCUUUGCUGAGCAGAGGGAAGUACAAACCAUGCAGGACGGGGCCAGGAUUGGGCUGGUGGUGUCAGGUGAUACAAAUAAUCACAUUGGAUGCCAGAAAUUUUGCUUUUACAUGCUUUGCCAUGCCACAAAGUUGAGUCUACUUGAAUGUGAAUAGCUUCAGCCCUGUGUAGCAGUUUAACUGUACUAUAAUGCUGAGAGGACUUUCUGUACGAACAAGACUAAGGCUGGCACUGGAUAAAUUUGACAUAUCCUUAGAUUGGAGAUGCAUAUGAUGGUAUGAGCUGGGCAGCGUACUCCAAACAUAACUGAAUUUGGUUUGUUUGGAUGAACAACAUAAUGGAUGUAUGACCAAAAGAAGCUCUGCAUUUGGCCUUGGUUGCGGCAGUGUGCAUGGGCUGGCCAUCUACACUUUUUUCACACAGACUCGUUAGUUGUCCUCCAAUACACUUAGCCCAAGCUUUUCCUUUAACCGGAUCAAAGUCAACCCAACUGGUUUAAAUUAAUUUGGAUGGACCGAGAAAAAACAAAUGAAACUGUCAUCAGAGCCUCACACUCUUGCGAGCAGGACUUAAAAGAAUUAAUGUGGAGGCAUUAUAGCCCAAAAGUUGUUUUAAUCAUGAUUCAGACACAGAUGAUUGUAAUUGUUUGCUUUGCUUUUAUUGUAAUCAUAUGUAAUCUGUUACUGUAAAUUGUUCUACUAAAUCUAAUAUAUUUAAUUUAAAACUCCAGAAACUACAAAUUAUUAUUUGACCUAAUAAUGAAUUGUGUAUAUAUUGCCCCUUAUUUUAUGGUUGAAACAUGCCAUUAUUGAAAUAAACUCUGUGAUGAUUUGAUUAACUUA